CUGAGUCCGUGCUGGCUCCGCCAUUCCUGGCUCCCGAGGGCCCCCCACCCGGCCGCCUGCUAUGUCACAGGAAAUCAGUGAGCAGGGCUCGGAAGCGGAAGAUGACACUGUAUCUGCGAUUACCUGCGAAUCAGACUUAGAGAUGAAAUCAAAAAAGAAAACUUUUCACAAUUAUCCACCAAGAUCGCCAAACUCUCCCUAUCACGCUAAGUCUAAACAGAUCGCAACUUGGAGAUAUUUAACAGGGACAAUGCCUCUCAGUGGCAGGAUGGCUUUAACCCCGCAGAAGCUAUGGCUCGGACCUUCAAAACAAGGUCAUACUCCUGGGCCCCCUGUUUACAGAGAGAAGGAAGAUAUGUAUGAUGAGAUUAUUGAAUUGAAGAAGUCAUUACACUCUCAAAAAGGUGAUGUGGAUUUUAUGAAAACAAAACUUCGUCGAUUAGAAGAAGAGAACAACAGAAAGGAUCGGCAGAUUGAACACCUUAUGGAUCCUAAUCGAGGCUGUGAAUUUGCCUGGAGUAUGGUUGACAAGAGGCCCGGUACUGGCUGGGUCAUUAAUGGGCUAAAACAGAAGAUUAUCAAAUUGGAACAGCAGUGCAAGGAAAAGGACAGUACCAUCACCAAACUUCAGACAAAUAUAAAGAUGACUAAUUUGGAAGAAAUGAAGAUAGCCAUGGAGACUUACUACGAGGAAAUCCAUCGUCUCCAGGUUCUUUUGGCAAAUAUUGAAACUACAGGAAAGAGAUCCCCAACCGACAAGAAGUCAACCCAGAAAAGGCAGAAGAAAUUGAGCGCUACUGUCCUCUAUUUGUCCAGAAAUGUUCAAGAACUUCAGGAGGAGAACCAAAGCUUAAAAGAAGAUCUGGACCGGGUGCUAAGCAAUUCCCCUAUUUCUAAUAAAGCAAAAGGUUAUAGUGAAUGGAGUAAACAAAGGCUAAUGAGACGAAUCUCGGAGUUGGAAAAGAAAGUGGGUGAGCUCGAGAACACCGGAUCUCCUUCUCCAGAACAGGUCAGAUUGGUUCCCUUGAUUCAGUCAGCGCCAAACACAGCACCGCAGGAUCUGCUGAGAUCUGAGCACUCUGAGGAGGGUGAGCGAGGUAGAGCAAUAGUGAGAAAGCUGAAGGGGGACCCGGGCGCCCUGUCUGAUAAAGAGUAUAUACCUCCUUACAACACAACUACCCUCCUUCCACCAUGUGAAAAAGUACUUGCAUCUUCGUGUUAAACAGUUUUGCACCUGAAGUAAAUCUAGCUUGGUUUGGGAAAAUCCAUCUUUUUGCUAGGCCCCAAACUGGCAGUGUUCAAAAAAGAAUUGUUUACUAUGCUGAAAAAAAAAUAAAUGAAUAAAUAAAUGCC